GAAAUAAUAAAAUAAAAAAGUUUUAUGACACCUAAAGCAGUGAGAACCUCAUCUUUCCCCAACUGAAAAAUUAUGUUUUAGUUCAUCACAAACUCAUAAGCACUUGCAAUUCUCGAGACAAAAAGCAAGCUUUUGGCUACUAAUUAAGUAACCAUUAUUGUUCCUCUUAUCUCCUCUAAAACAAGGUUCUUUUUUUUUUUUUUGAAGUGGUGGAGAAAAUGGGAGCAGUGAACUUGUUCCCAAGCUGCAGUUUCUCAAUCUCUUGGACCUAUCAUCACAAGCACAAAAUGAUUUCUUCAUGCUUAAUGGAAAAUGAGGUCUCAAGAGCAAAAGUUGUUGCAAGAAAUUCUAGAGAAAAUAGUAGUAUUGGUUUCCAUGAUGGAGAAGAUGAGAAACUGUGUGUGGUGUUGAAGAGAAGGUCAGUUUUGUUAAGUGGUGUUUCUUUACUUGCUUCUUCUGCAGCAGUUGCGGGCUUCCCAAGUGAAGGCUUGGCUGUGGUCAAACAAGGUCUUCUAGCUGGGAGAAUUCCUGGUCUCUCUGAACCAGAUGAACAAGGUUGGAGGACAUACCGAAGACCGGAUGAGAAGUCUGGAGGGCAUGGAGUUGGAUGGAGUCCUAUCAUCCCUUAUUCCUUUUCGGUACCUCAAGAUUGGGAAGAGGUUCCUGUAUCAAUAGCAGACCUAGGUGGCACAGAGAUUGAUUUAAGAUUUGGUAGCGCCAAAGAAGGACGCUUGUUUGUUAUUGUUGCUCCUGUUCUCAGAUUUGCAGAUAAUCUUGGUGAUGAUGCCAAGAUAGAACAAAUUGGACCUCCAGAGAAAGUGAUCAAUGCAUUUGGACCAGAAGUGAUUGGCGAGAAUGUUGAAGGGAAGGUUGUUAGCAUGAGCGUGGCAGAACACUCGGGAAGAAAGUACUACCAGUUCGAGUUGGAGCCACCUCAUGUUCUCAUAACAGCAACUGCAGCCGGGAAUCGCCUUUACAUGUUUAACGUUACCGGAAGUGGUCUACAAUGGAAGAGACACUACAAAGAUUUAAAAAGGAUAGCUGACUCUUUUCGCGUUGUCUGAUUGAGACACUUGUAAAGUGAUGAUACAAGCACAAAUACGAGCCUUUUUUGUUGUUGUAUCAAAAGAGUAAAGACUAGGCAUUUAAACUUUGAGGGUAACUUUCAAUGAGAUGAGUGUUUGACAAGUUGGUUAAGCACUCAACUAAUGUUCUGUUCAUGCUGUUAUCACAUACCAGUAUCCAUUUUGCUGUGCAAGGUAUUCAACUUAGAGAGGAGACCAAU